UCCCGGGGCCGCCUCGCCUUACGCGCUGGCGUGCGCGCCCCCGCUCUCUCCCGUCGUCGCGGAGGUGCAGCGGGCGCAGGAGCAGCGCGGGCGGCGGGGCCGGACUCGGCUGAGGCGGCCGUUACUCCAGCGAGAGCGCAGCGCACUGAGUUCCCCUCCCCGCCUACCGCCUCCUCCCCCACCCCGGGCCACUCACGUCACACGAGAUGCCCUCGGCUACCAACAGCACCAUGGCGAGCAGCAGCGGGAAAGCGGGCCCGGGCGGCGAGACUGCCCCGGCGGCGGCGGCUGCCCCCCAGGCAGCGGGCGGCAGCAUCACUUCGGUGCAAACCGAGGCCAUGAAGCAGAUUCUGGGAGUGAUCGACAAAAAGCUGCGCAAUCUCGAGAAGAAAAAGAGCAAACUUGAUGAUUACCAGGAACGAAUGAACAAGGGAGAACGUCUGAAUCAAGAUCAACUGGAUGCUGUGUCAAAAUACCAGGAAGUGACGAAUAAUCUGGAAUUUGCUAAAGAACUGCAGAGGAGCUUUAUGGCUCUGAGCCAAGAUAUCCAGAAAACAAUAAAAAAGACAGCUCGCAGAGAGCAGCUGAUGCGAGAAGAAGCUGAGCAGAAACGUUUAAAGACUGUACUAGAGCUACAGUUUAUUUUGGACAAGUUGGGUGAUGAUGAAGUGCGCAAUGACUUGAAACAAGGAUCAAAUGGAGUACCGGUGCUGACAGAGGAGGAACUGACAGUGUUGGAUGAGUUUUACAAGCUAGUUUAUCCUGAACGAGACAUGAACAUGAGAUUGAAUGAGCAGUAUGAGCAAGCAUCUGUUCACCUGUUGGACUUACUGGAAGGGAAGGAAAAACCAGUUUGUGGAACAACCUAUAAAGCACUGAAGGAGAUUGUUGAGCGUAUUCUUCAAACUAGUUACUUUGAUAGCACCCAUAACCAUCAGAACGGAUUAUGUGAGGAAGAAGAAGCAGCACCCGCACCUGCAGUAGAAGACACUGUAGCAGAAGCUGAACCUGAUCCAGCGGAAGAAUUUACUGAACCAACCGAAGUUGAAUCAACUGAGUAUGUAAACAGACAAUUCAUGGCAGAGACUCAGUUCAGCAGUAGUGAGAAGGAACAGGUAGAUGAGUGGACAGUUGAAACGGUUGAGGUUGUAAAUUCACUGCAGCAACAGACACAAGCUACAUCUCCUCCAGUUCCUGAACCUCACACGCUCACUACUGUGGCUCAAGCAGAUCCUCUUGUUAGAAGACAGCGAGUACAGGACCUUAUGGCACAGAUGCAGGGCCCAUAUAACUUCAUGCAGGACUCUAUGCUGGAGUUUGAGAACCAAACACUUGAUCCUGCCAUAGUAUCUGCACAGCCUAUGAAUCCAGCACAGAAUCUGGACAUGCCACAAAUGGUUUGCCCUCCAGUUCAUGCUGAGUCAAGACUUGCCCAGCCUAAUCAAGUUCCUGUGCAACCAGAAGCUACACAGGUUCCUUUGGUUUCUUCUACAAGUGAGGGAUAUACAGCCUCCCAACCCAUGUAUCAGCCUUCUCACACAACAGAACAACGGCCACAGAAAGAAUCGAUUGACCAGAUUCAGGCUUCAAUGUCACUGAAUGCAGACCAGACCCCAUCAUCAUCAUCACUUCCCACUGCAUCCCAGCCGCAGGUGUUCCAGGCUGGAUCUAGCAAGCCUUUGCAUAGCAGCGGAAUCAAUGUUAAUGCAGCUCCAUUCCAAUCCAUGCAAACAGUAUUCAACAUGAAUGCGCCUGUUCCUCCUGUUAAUGAGCCAGAAACCCUUAAGCAGCAAAAUCAGUACCAGGCCAGUUACAACCAGAGUUUCUCCAAUCAGCCUCACCAAGUAGAACAAUCAGAUCUUCAGCAAGAACAACUCCAGACAGUGGUUGGUACUUACCAUGGUUCCCCAGACCAGACUCAUCAAGUGGCAGGUAACCACCAGCAACCUCCCCAGCAGAAUACUGGAUUUCCACGUAACAGUCAGCCUUAUUAUAACAGUCGAGGAGUCUCUCGUGGUGGAUCACGUGGGGCUCGUGGCUUAAUGAACGGUUACAGGGGACCGGCAAAUGGAUUUAGAGGAGGAUAUGAUGGCUACCGUCCUUCCUUUUCCAACACUCCAAACAGUGGUUACACGCAGCCCCAGUUUAAUGCUCCUCGCGAUUAUUCAAACUACCAGCGGGAUGGAUAUCAACAGAAUUUCAAACGUGGCUCUGGACAAAGUGGACCUCGGGGAGCUCCUAGAGGUCGUGGAGGGCCUCCAAGACCAAACAGAGGGAUGCCUCAAAUGAAUGCUCAGCAAGUGAAUUAAACGAAUUCACAGGAUUACAUUAAACGCCAAAAACACACUGGCCGGUGUACUAUACAUGUUACCAGAAGAGUUAUUAUCUAUUUGUUCUCCCUUACAGGAAGUUUGUUGUAAAGGGACUAUUUUCAUUACCAUAAUGACAGGACUACAGUUGCCAGCUUUAUAUUACCUGGAUAUUGAAAGGAACGAAACAACGUUUACUCUGCAUGUUCUGUCCUAAGCAUCAUCUUGAGCCUUGCACAUGAGAUUCAGAUUCUUCACCCUUGCUAAGAAUAAAGCAAAAAAGGCAAUUUUCAGGGUGAUCCGGUCUCCAUGGUUAACUGAAGUGGCAGGAAAAAGCAAAGACUCACUUCUGACAUUUAAAAGCAAUGUAACAAAUUUUGUUAAAACCUGCAAAUUCGUAAAGAUUUACUGCAGUGGCAGUUGACAAAACUUAAUGUUCCCAUUAAAGGAUGGAAAAGGUCAAGUGUGGCUUGGUAGAGAAACUGCAUUUCAGCUUUUUCUAACUAAAUUGAAGCACUGAACAGUUAAAGAUGGGUAGUGAUACAUAUUUCCCUAAAUAGACAAAUAGGUUUAUAGCCAGUUUUUGACAAAGAAGCAGCACCCUUAGCUGCAGCACUCCUCAUCACGAGGGCCCCGUUUACUGUGGCUAAGGAUUUAAGAUCGCUUGCAUAACUGCUAAUGUAAUUGUGUAAUUUUUUUUUUUAUUAUUAUUAAAAAAGCUUUGAUUUGGCACUUGAACAAAAUUUUGCAACAAAUGUGAGAUAUAAUCUGGAUGGCCACUGUAUAUUUGAUGUGAAGUAUUUAGGUAUCUCUUUGAAACACUUAAGUUUCUUUGAUAGCAAUGACUUUUGUAAGGAUUGGUAUUCUCUAUCAUUCCUUAUGACUUGCACAUUGUCUGUCACUAAUACUUGACCUUGCUGUAUUAUCGCCUAAAUAACUGAUGCCGGUACUGAUGGAAAUCUCUAAUGGAUAAUCAUAACACUUUUGGUCACAUGUCCUUUUGUCUUUCCUGCAGCCUUGAAGGUUUUAAGAAAUCUCAAAUGCCCGCUGCUGCUGCCCUUUUAAUUGCUAUCUUUUGAAAAGCACCAGUAUGUGUUUGAAUUGAUUUCCCCUUUUAAGGGAAAUGACAGCCAGCAGUUACAGUUCUAAUGGUAUAAGCAAGACAAAUAAAACAUGUUUAUAAAAAUUG